GUGAGUGUUGGAUUACCCGUCUUGGUGUACCUGCACGGGGGAGGGUACCACGGGGGUUCUGGAGAGGCCGCCCCUCCCCACGCCCUGCUCAACGAGGAGAUCGUCCUGGUUGUUCUGCAGUACAGGCUCGGCGUCCUUGGAUUCCUCUCCACGGAGGAUGACGUCAUCCCUGGGAACUUCGGCCUCAAGGAUCAGACGCUGGGCCUCCGGUGGGUGCAGAGGAACAUCGCCAACUUCGGAGGCGACCCUCGCAGGGUGACGCUCCUCGGCCAUGGGGCGGGGGCUGCCUCGGCGCACCUGCAGAUGCUCAGCUCGAAGUCCUUUGGACUUUUUUCCCGCGUGAUCUUACAGUCGGGGACGGCGCUGUGUCCUUGGGCUCUCGGAGGCGCACACAGACAAGUGGCUGACUACACGGCGCGACUGGUGGGCUGCUCCUCGGACCUGGGCGCCCACCACCUUCUGCAGUGCCUUCAGGCCGUUCCUGCGGGCAAGCUGGUGCACACCAUCGCUGAGUAUUUUGUGUGGAUGGGCAGUCCCCUCUUGGUGGGGCCUCGAGUAGACGGGGACUUCCUGACAGCCUCCCCAGAAGUCCUCAUGCUCGAGGCCAGACACAGGGAAGUCGACCUCAUCACCGGCAUUACGGCGCAUGAGGGGGCGCUGCUCGCAACAGCCAUCCACACUAACGAGACUCUGAGGUCGUCGAUUCGCAACAACUUCUCCCUGGCGGGCGUGGCGUCGCUCGAGUUCAGCCAGGGGGACGCGACGCCCUUGGACCAGGCGCACAAGAUCUUCCAGCAUUACCUGGGCGGCCUCAAGCUCGAUAAGGCCCAGGCGGGAGAACUGGCUAAGCUGUACGGCGACCGUCACUUCGCAGUGUGCCACGACCUGACGGCCAUGUUGCACGCCCGCAAUGCACGCCCAUUCAAGAAGACCUUCAUGUAUGAGCUCACCCACCGUGGGCUGAGCUCGACACUCCCGCCCGAAUAUGCUUUCCUGCCCGCGAAUGGAUGGGUCGCGCAUAGGGACGACCUGCUGUAUCUCUUCCCAGGGGGCGCUAACCCAGUGCGAGGGCGUGAGGAUCUGCGUCUGCGUGACCUCAUGACCAGGCUAUGGGCCAACUUCGCCGCUACAGGGAACCCGACGCCCGAUGCCAGCCUGGGAUUCACGUGGGAGGCCGCCACGGAAUUCUGCCUGCGACACUUGGCCCUCAGUCCUUCUCCUGUGAUGAUGGACGACUCAAGACGCAAGAUUCGGGAUUUCUGGGCAGGACUCCCAACCCGACAGAACCUGAUCCUGCAGCCGUCUCGGAGCGGGGGCGUGAAACCUCGAGAGGGGAAGGGCAAGAGCGAAUCCUAUGGGGCGUCGCCGACCCGUCCGGUGCUCAAGAAGCCAAUGAAACACAACGCCAGGGAAGAGCUUUGAUUAUGGUGAACAAAAUGGCUGAAAAGAUGUUUUAUUUACCUACCUGAUGCUGUAACAGACUGGUUAGUUGGGUCGUUGAGUUACCAAAUGCCUGAAUGACUUGGCGGUUUUUGUCUUUUUGUCUACGAGUCUCUUUUCGUCCCUGACUGACUAACGUGUCUUGUUUGGCCAUUUGGUUAAGAGGUCGGCACGGUAUGCCAGUGGAAAGAUGACUCUAAGAAAGGUGGUGUGAGUGAUGCCGGUCGUUAAGCUGGUUUGUUUAUAGAUUACUUAAUUCAUGUUUGUUUGUUUUUUGUGUGUUUUUGUAAAAGAGUGGCUACGUUC